AUGGGUAACGCACAUACUGUUGCGGGUGACUGUUUCGGGGGCAGCCCUGUCCAGCGGCAAUACGGCCCACCUCCAAAUGUCUUACCGCCUCCAAGCUCAGGCCACCCCAGCCCUUACCCACCGGUGGGACCGCCCCCGCUCGUGCCAUCACCGGACGCCGGCUUUCCCUACCAGAAUGCCCCCAGCCAGUACGCUCAGGCUGUCCAGGGCGGCCAAACGUACGGCCAGGCGCCCCAAUCGCCUCAGGGUGCCUGGCCCCAGGGCAAUCUGGACUACACGACAAAUCAAGGGAGCGCGCCGUCAGAAUAUCCCCAAGUGUACUCGCAACGUGGAUACGCUCAGCAGUGGUACCGCCAGCCGGAAUACCCACCGCAAGACUAUUACCCACAAGGCUACCCUCAGCAGGGCUACCCGCAGCAGGGCUACCCGCAGCAGGGCUAUCUUGGACAUGGGCAGGCGAACAGCAUAGCGAACACCGCCUUCUGCGCUUCGUGCAUCGCCUGCCUCACUUGCCUGCUAUGCUCGUGCUGCCAGGGUCUGCUCGGCGCGCCGGGAGACCCCGACGUGGGGGACGACUUCGGCGCGACGCCCGGCGGCGGCCCCGAAGUGGCCCCACCCACUAUCGGCAGCAGCCCCAAC